AUGACGGACAAGCGUUUAGCUGAGAAGCAUUCGAUGGAUAUUCCGCAUGUAACGGCAGUAGAAUUACCCUUGAUAGUUAAAAAUGAGGACAGGGCCAUUGCAAUGAUCGGUGGUAAAGAGAAGAUUUCCAAGGUGGUGAACGCAUUGGAUAAGCCCAUCAAUACAUCGGGACAUAGUACCAACGAUAAUGUACUUGAACUCCGGUUAAGAAAUGAUCCGUUCCAUCACCCGGUGCAAUCGCUGAUGAAUACAAAUGAGAAGGUGUUGUUGAAGGUAUCCAUACCUAAGAAGAGCAUACCCAAAGAUUACUACAAGAAUCCUUCAAAGUACACAGUAAAACAAUUGUUGGAAAUUAAUGAAGAGAAAAAGAGCUCAGGACAUAAGGUUCAACCGGUGGCCAUCAUAAAUAAGACAUUUCUGUUCAAGGCAAUGGCAGAUUUUCAGGUUUCCACGAAGACUAAUGCGGUAGUCCAGGAAUUUAACGAGUCUGUGUUAGACGUACAGAACUACCAGGGCUUGAAGCAAUACUUUGAUAAGCACGAACAAUUCUCAGGAAUACUGGACUACAAAUCGCCAGAAAAUUAUCUCAAUAAUGACCACCAAUUGCCUCCACCUCCAGUGUUUAGCCCGAUUCGUUUCCCAUUCGACUAUAAGUACCAAAAGAACCCAUUAACAACCAUAGUUAAGGAUGCAAACAGUGGUGAGGUGCGAGUUGUAUCGAAGAAAAAUACUCAAAAAUUGUACACUAUUAUUAUUGACUUUUACACUGAAGUCAUACCUAAUCAAGCAGCCCCAGAAUUGCUCAAGAAUUAUGAGACGUUAUCAACCACAAAUUUGGCAGUGAACAGCUUGGACUAUAAUCUCUUGGAGUGCAUUAAAUGGUUGAAAUCAAUUUUCGACAUUAAGCCUAUCUGGCUUCGUAAACAAUUGGAAGACAUAGUGCCUCAAGAAAUGAGAAGAGUUAUCAAGCAAGCAUUACCAUACGUAUCAUAUAUUUACAAAAGUGGACCGUGGAGAUUCUGCAAUGUGAAGUUUGGGGUAAAUCCGAAGGACAACCGAUCGUUUUGGAAGCACCAAAGUGAAUAUUUCAGAAUACCCGGCUUACAUUUCAAUGUGACGUCCAAAUCGAACCCGCAAAGAAUAUUGCCAAACUCCAUAGAAAAUGUAAGCGCAAACAGAGCUCUUGCAGUAUCGGAACACUUGUUAUUUAAUGGUCUGAAGCUCCCUCGCACCGUCACAUACCAGGUUGGGGACAUUUUGGAUACGGACAUUACAUCGCUAAUUCAAUCUGCCCAAGAAAAAUUGGGCGAUGACUUCUAUAGAGAAACUCCCGAUUUCCAGGAUGGAUGGGUCAAUAGGCAAACCAUGGAAACCGUUCGAAGAAUAAUUCGGUACAAAUUAAGCAAAAUAGUAAAGGAAGAGCCAAUUGAGCCGGCGAAGGUUGACAAAAUCAUAAAUACCGAUUUCACUGAAAACGCAGAUGCUAUGGAGGUCGACGUUCUGGAGGAUGACGAGAUAAAACCGCAAGGUGACGAUGAUGUUGAAGAAGAAGACGAAGAGGAAGAAAAUGACGACAUGGAAUCUGCUUUGGAUCCUUCGGUAACAGAGGAAAAUGUAUUAUCAAGAUUAAAUGCAAUAGACGACGCAUCCGCAAAUAAACUAGAGGGCUUACUUGGCUUUAUCAAACAAGACUCUCUUCUGAAAGAGUAA